AUGGCCACAACAAAGAAGAUCUUCUUCUGUUUCAUGGUCGUGAUCUUCACGGUUCUCUUGGGUUGCUGCUCCGCGACGGUCUACAAAGUCGGAGACUCUGAUGGAUGGACUACGAAGGACGAUGUCUACUACGAUUGGGCCAAGGGUAAAGAAUUCCACGUGGGAGAUUCUCUGGUCUUCGAAUACGAUCCCAACCUCAACGACGUGACGCAAGUCUCAGGCGCUUUAGAGUACCAAUUCUGCGACUUUUCUUCCCCUCAAACCGUAUACAACACGGGACACGAUGUCGUGACCUUCACGGAACCAGGUUUUCACUACUUCAUCAGCUCAAACCAUGCUCAAUGCCUAUCCGGACAGAAACUCGACGUUCUUGUCGUCCAUGACCCGUCACGUCCGGUUCCUCCACCACCACCGAGCAAGAUCUAUCCUUUUGGAAAGAUGUACAAAGUCGGUGACUCAAAAGGAUGGGGAGGAGUAUACGAUAGUGACUUCUAUAACAAGUGGAGCGAAGAGAAAACGUUUCAAGUUGGAGAUUCUCUGUUUUUCGAAAAUAGUCAUGAAGUCAACGAUGUUUUAGAAAUCAGCGGUCAUCUUGAGUUCAUAUCAUGCGACCCGACUUCUCCUGUAGCUGUGCACAAGACAGGACACGAUCUCGUAAGGCUCACAAAACCAGGAGUCCAUUAUUUCAUUAGCUCAAAGACCAGUCACUGCUAUGCUGGGCUUAAGCUACGAGUCGUGGUCGGACCAUUGAUCAAAGACGUUACAUUCCCUGAUUUUACAAAGAAGAUGGAGUUGGCACAUAUGGACAGCCUCAACAGGUGGUUACGUAGCUUCGGCGCUCAACCCCGUAAUUAG